ACUCCUUUGGCAACCAUUAACCUCAAAAUUAAUCAUUCCAAGUUUUGAAUAGCUUGUUUGUGUAUCUUUUUUUUUUACGUGACAUCGAGAGUUCAGUGGGGGUGAGUUGUGUCAGUCUGCAGAGGAAAGAAGAAAUAUAUAUAGAUCUAUAUCAAUACUAAUAUGGGCUUUGCGGAUCUUCUGGAUGAAGUUGGCGGGUUUGGACGCUUUCAGAUGAUUCAUGUCACUCUUCUGUCCAUCCCUGGCCUUCUAAUGGCUAGCCAGAAUUUGCUCAAUAACUUCACUGCUGGAGUACCGGAGCAUCACUGUCGCAUCCCGAACAUCACAGCGUCGCAGAACCAGAGCACCGCGGCGCUGCUGCGCGCCUUCAUCCCGCUGGACUCAUCCCUCUCUCCGUCCAGAUGCUCCAGGUACACGGACGCUCAGUGGCACUUAAUCACAGACCAACCGACUCACACAAAUGCAUCGGACCUGCAGACAGAGGCUUGUGCUGAGGGCUGGACAUACGACAAGACUCAAUUCAUCUCAUCCAUAGUGUCAGAAUGGGAUUUGGUUUGUACCCUCCGUCCGCUCAAACAGAUGAGCCAGACCAUUUACAUGGGAGGAGUGCUGACGGGGGCCAUUAUAUUUGGAGGCUUAUCUGACAGGUUUGGGCGAAAGGGCAUGUUGAUCUGGUCAUAUUUUCAGCUCGCUGUCUUAGGCACGUUCACGGCUCUCUCUCCGUCUUACGUGGUUUACUGCGUCUUCAGAUUCCUGACAGGGAUGUCUGUGUCCGGAGUCAUUCUCAACGCCGUCUCUCUCAAGGUGGAGUGGAUUCCUACUAAGGCUCGGACGCUGGUGGGCACCAUCUCAUCUUUCUUCUUCACGUUCGGUCAGAUGAUUCUAGCUGGAGUGGCGUACAGUCUGAAGGACUGGCGCAAAAUACACGUGGCCGUCUGUCUCCCUUUCUUUGCCUUCUUCUUCUAUAGCUGGUGGUACUCUGAAUCUGCUCGCUGGCUGGUGCUGAACGGUCGCUCUGAAGAAGCACUGAAACAACUCCACCGUGUGGCUAAAAUCAACGGCAAGCCCGAAAUGACAGAGAAGAUCACUUUAGAGGUGCUGGAGUCACACAUGCAGAAAGAGGUUCAGUCCAGUAAGAGCAUUUACACAGUGUUUGAUCUCCUAAAAACACCCACCAUGAGGAAGAUAUCUAUGUGCCUUAUGGUCGUCUGGUUUUCGACUAGUUUUGCGUAUUAUGGUCUGGCCAUGGACCUGCAGAAGUUCGGGGUGAACAUCUAUCUGAUGCAGAUCAUCUUUGGCGCAGUAGAUUUUCCGGCUAAACUGGUCGCUCUUCUGAUGCUGAGCUUUCUGGGCCGACGCAUAACCCAAGGCACAUGUCUCCUCAUGUCAGCGUCUGUAAUAUUCGCCAACAUUUUUGUUCCUAAAGACAUGCAGAUCACAAGGACAGCGCUUGCCGUUAUCGGAAAGGGCUUCACGUCGGCGUCCUUUACUUGUGUCUAUCUGUUUACUGGAGAGCUUUACCCUACUGUCAUCAGACAGACUGGCAUGGGCUUUGCCUCCACGAUGGCCAGAAUCGGAUCCAUGGCCGCUCCUGCAGUCCUGAUCCUGGAUGAGAUCCUGCCGGCUCUGCCUAGCAUUGUAUACGGAGGAUCCGCUGUGCUCGCUGGUUUAAUAGCCUUUUUGCUUCCAGAAACCCUCAACAUUCCUCUGCCUGAUACCAUUGAGGAUGUAGAGGAGAAAAGGGAAAAGAAAAGUCAAGGUCUUAAAGAACAGGCACAGAGAGAGUCAGUGGCCUUACAGGACAUCAAGCAGAGUGGAGGAACAUGUGAAGAGAGCAAGUGCUCUGGGCUUCAUCCACUGUCCGAGACUUCAGCUCACUUAAAGUGAUAAUUAAUGCAAACUGAGACAAACAUUCAAGGCGGUCUCGGUCUAGAUCAACAAAACUGGACGGAUUCGUUUGCUUCUUCAUUGGAACAGGUUUGGAGAAAUGUAGCAUUGCAUCAGUGUCUCAUCAACGGAUGCUCUGAAGUGAAUGGGUGCCGUCAGAAUGAGAGACAAACUGCUGAUAAAU